AGAGGCGGUUGCGUUCCGUCAUGAGGAAGAUUUUUGAGUACUAGUAAAAAUAUCAGAUUGAGAAAAGUGUGGUGUGGAUAAGAUUAAGAAGAUGAUGAGGAGGUCAUUCAGUAGUGGCGGCGGUGGAGGAGGAGCUAACGGCGGCGGUGGCGGCAUGUUAAGAGCCGUUCAAAGAGCUGUGAGGACAGGUGGCACUAUUAAUGGUGCCGCCCAAGAGUCUUUCUCUCACUCAACAACCACUAAAACAGCAACAAGUAGUACUAGCGGCCACGCGUUUAACAACAACAAAGUGAGUAACGCUUCGUCCACCGCCCUUUCUCUCUCCUCUUCAUCGCCCUUAGCUACUUUUCCGUUAUCUGCUGCUGCCCUUGCACCGGGCACAUGGGAUUCUUCUUCCGAAUCUGAAGAGUGGGAAUGUUUAGAGGAUAAUAAUAAUAAUAAUAAUAAUAAUAGUACUGGUAGUAUUUUAUUUGAUGAUUAUAUUCUGGGUCCUGUUCCAUCAACCGAAGAGGUUCAUCAUGCAGUUUCUGCUCUUCAUCAGGUCCUUGAGCCAACCUAUUUUGCCUAUUCCACCAAUGACGGUCUUGGUUACAAAUCAAAUGAGGAUACAGCAGAUGAACUUACUAGUUCAAUUAACCUGACUCGUGAAGUACUCUCUUCCAGUGGAUCUGUGUCUGAUUGGAUUGAACCAUCUAUGCAUAUCUGUAAUUCAAAACUGUUGCAGUCAUAUGGAUCUAACCGAGUAUAUGAUGCUUUCCACUUGCUGCAGACUGAACCUUCUAUUCAGAAAAUAGUCAUUUCACUGUCAUCUGACAAGGCUGUUUGGGAUGCUGUUCUGAACAAUGAGGCAGUUCGGGAAAUCAGAGAUUCACUGAAGCAAGUUGAUGCAGCUGAUAAUGGCUUACAAGCUGGAAGUUCUGAGGAGGGUAUUGAUAAGUCUGAUUCAGACGGGACGGUAGACAUAAUCAGUUGGAUUGUUGUGAACACCAAGGAAAAAGUGUUGGAAAUAGUUGAGAAGAUCAUAGAGUUUGUGAAUGAGUGGUUUCAGCCUCCUGAGGAGCAGAAACCAUCAGAAGGGAAUACUGAUCCAUUUGAGGAGAAGCUGAGAAUUUCCUUCUUCCUUUCCGUCGUAAUUGUGUUGGUGGUGGUUGUUGCUCGAGCACAAUAAUUCGACGACAUUACAGUUAGUAGUCCCCCUUCUCUGUACUUUUGGAAGUGGGGAGUUGCAGCUUACUGUCUUGACACUAUACUUGAGGCAAGAAACCAAUGCAGGAUUUUGUUGCGUACAGAAUAAAUGCUUUAACCCAGUUUUUUCCUUUG